GGCGGCGGCGGCGGUGGAGCGCGGAGCCUGAGCCCGGCCGGGCCGAGCGCAGCGCAGCGGGCCGGGGAGAGGCUGGCGCGCCCGCGGCCCCGCGAAUCCUCUGGCAUCCGCCCCGGCGGGCCGCCCCGGCGCGCAAGGUUGAAGCAUGGAGCUGCGUGUGGGAAAUAAAUACCGCUUGGGCCGAAAGAUCGGCAGUGGGUCCUUUGGAGACAUCUACUUGGGUGCCAACAUUGCCUCUGGUGAGGAAGUAGCCAUCAAGCUGGAAUGUGUGAAGACUAAGCAUCCUCAGCUCCACAUCGAGAGCAAGUUCUACAAGAUGAUGCAAGGAGGAGUGGGGAUCCCGUCCAUCAAAUGGUGCGGGGCUGAGGGUGACUACAAUGUGAUGGUCAUGGAGCUGCUGGGGCCCAGUUUGGAGGACCUCUUCAACUUCUGUUCCCGAAAGUUCAGCCUCAAGACGGUGCUGUUGCUGGCCGACCAGAUGAUCAGCCGCAUUGAGUACAUCCACUCCAAGAACUUCAUCCACCGGGACGUGAAGCCUGACAACUUCCUCAUGGGCCUGGGGAAGAAAGGCAACCUGGUCUACAUCAUUGACUUCGGCCUGGCCAAGAAGUACCGCGACGCCCGCACCCACCAGCAUAUCCCCUACCGGGAAAACAAGAACCUGACUGGCACUGCCCGAUAUGCCUCCAUCAACACCCACCUGGGUAUCGAGCAAAGCCGUCGAGAUGACCUGGAGAGCCUGGGCUAUGUGCUCAUGUACUUCAACCUGGGCUCCCUGCCCUGGCAGGGCCUCAAAGCGGCCACCAAGCGCCAGAAGUACGAGCGGAUCAGCGAGAAGAAGAUGUCAACGCCCAUUGAGGUCCUCUGCAAAGGCUACCCCUCCGAGUUCUCAACAUACCUCAACUUCUGCCGCUCCCUGCGGUUCGAUGACAAGCCUGACUACUCCUACCUGCGCCAGCUCUUCCGCAAUCUCUUUCACCGGCAGGGUUUCUCCUACGACUACGUCUUCGACUGGAACAUGCUCAAAUUCAUGCGGCCCCCCUUCUGCCAGCCCCCUGCCCUUCCCUGUGGACGGCCCCAGGACCAGCUAGGGUGCAGCCCGGAAUCCCGAGGACGUAGACCGGGAGCGACGAGAACACGAACGGGAAGAGAGGAUGGGGCAAUUGCGGGGGUCCGCGACCAGAGCCCUGCCCCCUGGCCCGCCUGCGGGGGCCACCGCCAACCGACUCCGAAGCGCAGCCGAGCCUGUGGCUUCCACCCCGGCCUCCCGCAUCCAACAAGCUGGCAAUACUUCUCCCAGAGCGAUCUCACGGGCCGACCGGGAGAGGAAGGUGAGCAUGAGACUCCACAGAGGUGCGCCUGCCAACGUCUCCUCCUCAGACCUCACUGGGCGGCAAGAGGUCUCCCGGAUUGCAGCCUCACAGACAAGCGUGCCAUUUGACCAUCUUGGGAAAUGAGGAGAGCCACCACGGACCAGUGUUUUGCUUAGUGUCUUCACUGCAUUUUCUUUUAAAAGAAAAAAAAAUGAAAUAAAUUACAAUAAAAUAAAAAUAAACAAAGGACAGAAAGAAAGAACCACUUAAAUGAACAAAAAGGAAAAAAACGAAACAAAAAACAGAAAAAACCCACAACCCAGCACAAAGUCGACAAUGAAUUUUGUUUCUUUGAUUUAUUUUGCCAAUGGCAAAAACACAAGAUGUCCCAAGCACUGAGGAUUCUUGCCCCCUCGCCUCGCUCAUUGCUCCCAACCCGAAGGCUGCCAGCACUCCUCUGCCGACAUCGGGUCACACUCCAAUGGCCAGCUGUCCUCACCACCACCCGCCACGGGCCGGGCGUCGGAGGUGCCUGAAGAGCUCGGGUCGGGGAGUGCUUCGGCCAGUCAAAGACAAGUUCCGCGAGAUUUCCUGAGCCUUGGAUCCAAGGAGACACACAGAGCCGGCAGCCCCUCGGCAGUGACAGUGGCCAGUUUCGUAUUGGGCUUUCCCAGCGUCCCUCUUGAGCAUCCUGGUUCCCUGACCUGUCACCUCUCUGCAGAGACCUGGAGGGUGCAGUGAAUGGCGGCCAUGAUGCCGUGUGUGUGUGUGUGUGUGUGUGUGUGUGUGUGUGUGUGUGUGUGUGUUUAGAGAGAGAGAGAGAGAAAGAGAGAGAGACCUGUAUUUUCCAGAGCAGCAGGUGUCCUGCCAGCACCUGCCUGGCCAAGUUUCUGUUCUCAUCCCCCUAAAGUCAAGGUGGGGGGGGACAAUGACCUCCACAUCCCUCAGGGCAUAGAGUCCUUGCCACCACCUGUCCCCAGAUGCCAGUGUGUGGCGCCCCCAUCUUCCAUUCCUGAUCUUAGGCAAGUUCUUGGAGCCUGCUCCCAGACGGCGCGGGCUCUGGGUCGGUUCCCUGGUCCUACAGUCACCUGUGGUCACCCUUCUUCCCAGGCCUGACUUCUGAGGAGGACCCUGGGUCAGGGCUAAGUGUUGAAUUUUUCCUUCCUGGUUAAUACCUGUUUUGUUUUUUGUUUUUUUUUUUGUUUUGUUUUGCUUUGUUUUGUUUUUUUGUUUUAAUUUUAUUUUUGUUUAUUUUCUUGGUGUGUGUAUUUCCUAAUUUAUUUACCUCUUUUUCCUCUUCUUUUUUUUUUUUUUUUAAUUAAAGAGCAAAACUUUUUAUUACUUUGUAAUUUAAAAAACUGAAAAAAAAAUUACUGAAGAACUUUGGGGGGAAUUUUGUACUUUUUUCCUGUGUAAAUAUUGGACUUUUUUGAGCUUUAUUGUGGUUGUUAAUUUGAAGUAAUAAAGUAGAAAAGGACAAAGUGACGUAGGUCACCCUUUGUCCACCUCUUUGCUCUUGGGGUUUCCCCUCAGCUGACUUAGCAGGGACAGCACAUCAGAAAGGAGGCAGCUGUGGCUGACCAUUGUGACCUGUUGUCACGUGGUAUGUCCAGGGGCCUUUGAGAACUCAAGGGACACAGUACAGCCUCUGACCUCUGACCUCUGACUGCUGGCUGAGGAGUGCACUCAAGAUGGUGCGGGGUCUGUACCAUGAAAGGCAAGGCUCUGAGGUGUGCCCCCCUCCUCCCCAGUAUUUCAUGUUAUCUACAGGGGAGUUCUGUGGGUUUGGGACACUUGUUUCUCAACCAGAAACCAGCCUGUAGUCAUGGCCUUGGUGACAGAGCCCAGGCCUCUUGGUGACCUCUCCACUGACUGUGGAGUUCUGGGAGGGGUGAUCCCCACUGGCCCUGGUGAGGUCCUGAUGCGUGUUGUCUUUGUCUCACUGCAUGUAAACCGUGUCUUCGUAACUCAGGGGCCAUUUUGCUAUAGGUUUUAUCCUAGGUGUGCCCAGGGAGGGGUGGGCACCCUAGGAGGUCUUUCAAAGCCCUUCCCCCUCCCCCCCAGGAUCUCCUGUUAGUCCCUCUUGUGUGUCUGGGACAGGGAUGGUUACCCACCCAAAGCUGGGGAAUUGCAGGUUGAAUGACGGGGGAGCUGGUAGGCAGCUGUUUGCCCUGAGAAGUGCCAUUUCAUUCAUGCGCCCUUGCUGGCCGGGGUGCGGGGGAGAUGCGGCUCUGCCCUUCCCUGCCCAGGAGGUCCAGAGCCACAGCGUGGCCCUGAGAAAAUGGAAAUGGAAAGCUUACCUGCUUCCUUCAUAGUUUUCUCAUAUUGUACAGUGGGAACUGUAGGGUGCUUUUUGUUUUGGAGAAGAGGUGGUGGUUUGAGACUGGGUCUCUUGUAGCCCUGGCUGCGCACUGACUUCACCGUGAGGCUGAGAAUGGCCUUGACCUCCACCCUCCUGUUUGUUUUUUGUUUUGUUUUGUUUUGUUUUUUUGAGACAAGGUUUCUCUGUGUAAUAGCCCUGGCUGUCCUGGACUUUGUAGACCAGGCUGUCCUCAAACUCAUGAACUCACGAAGAUCCGCCUGCCUCUGCCUCCAGAGGGCUGGGAUUAAAGGCGUGCACCACCA